CGCGCGAAAUCAGUUAACAAACGGACGCGUUUUGAAACGGAUGCACUGGCUAGCAGUGGCGGAGCACAGCAAAGCUACUAACAAAAAAAAAAACCUGAAGCCCCUUGAAACUCUUGGCUCCUCCAUAAAGAUCGCAGGUUUUGUCCCAAAACCCGAGGCCGUGCGAAUGUGUCUGUCGGUUUCGGCGGCAGAAGCUCGAUUCGAAGAGCUGCUAUCUUCAUCGGUCGGUCGCGCUGGUCGUUUAAAAGUGAAAUUUACUGAAUGAAACCAAAUGAAAUGUCUUCUGGCCAGCCUCGCUGUCUGGCCGACUGGCUUUGUGUUUGAUUAUUGAUUUGUGACAAUUGUCGGCAAGGAAAUGACUGCAAAUUAGUUGGCCAACAUUCGCCUACUGAAAAGGAUUGGAAAAAAUCAUAGAGAUUAUAAAAACGCUUUACCAGCAAAAUUGUGAAAAUAUUUGUUUUGGUUGCAGUAGCAUUGAAUGGUAAGCCAAUUGGCCGGAAAAAUAAGGCUACCUGAAUUUUACGGCCACUCUUAAUUAACUGGCUAGCAAUCUGGAUAACAACCUGUUAAGUGAGUCGAAUGCAACAGCCGCCAAACUUCCUCAUUCACGUCCGUUAUCCAAUAUCUAAGAAUCAAUUGCGGUGGCUGCAAAUUGCACAGAUCGAGUUCGUCGGACACAAUCGAUAUAAGACGAGAAAGAAAAAAAAAAAUAAACUAGACAACCCGAGAGACCGAUCAACGAACCGAGCAACACGAUGAUUAGUGAACGCCACAAGAGCCGCGAUUUGGUUACGAUACUUGGUCUGCUCCACCUCCUGCUCCUCGGAUUCACCUCCGGGCAAGUGGUCGAGGUUUUGGCUCAAUCAUCCACAUCCACAGCAGCAGCCACAGCAACAGCCACAUCCACAACCGCAUCCACAUCGCAGACGCAGUCGCAGACUUUGGAGACGAAGACGAACGGCAGUCAGGAUGAGGCGACUCUGACGCUUGGCGCGACAACAGUCCCACGACUGGAUCCGAACAACAACAACGAGUGGCGACCACUUGGACACGGCGAUCCCCUGCAAAAGGAUCCCACCUACGACUACAGUCCGCCGGCCUUGGAAAGAGUUCGCUACUGGGCGGAGAACAACAGCACGGGUCAGAGUAAUUCGGAGGCCAGGAAAAAGGAGCUACCUCCGGAGGUUCUUCGCAACAAAACGAAGAGUGAGGUGUUGCUACUGGGUGUAUCAAGUGAACGGGUGAGGGUGCCUCACUCCCAUUCCUAUCCACCAGUGGGAUUGAACCAACACCACCAUCAACAUCAGCAACAGCAGCAACAGCAACAGCAGGCUAAAUAUGCAGCCAUUCGGAGGAGCUACUAUGCUCCCACCCAACAGCAACAUAGCCCACAAAUGCCACAACAAAGCCAACACAUUCCAAUGCAGCACAUGCCGCACACCCACUUGAUGCCACCACCCAUGAUGAUGAUGAAAUCAAGCGGAUCCUCCGUUCCUCAUUUGGAAUACAGGCACAGUAUGAUGGCCACGGGAGCACCCACCUCUUACAUGAGUCUCAACCACAUGAGUUCCCCGACGCCCAAACAUUCGAUGACUUCCUCGGUGAUCUACCACCAACCCUCGAUGGGUCAUCACACCUCUAUGUCCUCUUCCACUCCCUGGAUAACCAGUAUGCCACCACAUCGAUUGAGUUACUCGGAUCCACAUCUGCAGGAGUCAAUGCACACCUUUAGCUACUCGAGGCCCCUACACCAGCAAUCAGUGAGUUACUCGCCCAAUUCGCUGCCAGGACACCAAAGUGGCUCGAAGGCAGGACUGAGGAAACCCUGGUUGCAUGAACUGCUCCAAAAAGAGGUUGUGGUUACCUCCAAGCCGAAGGUUAAGCCCACAAUGCCAGCAACCAAGUAUCUGAUGGGAACGAGUAAGCCACAUCAUCCACUGCCACCAGUUGGUUUUGGCAUAAGCACCACCCGACCACCAUUUACUUAUGCUCCAGUGACCUUUGUACCCGGACCACCCACCAUAGCAGUGCCCACUGUGGCCACCAGACAGGAGCCCCAGCCGGAGAUCUUCAUCACACCCACUCCGCAAACAAGUAACUCCGGAUUCAAGCCCAUGUUGGUCACAGGCACAACCACUUUGGGAACCACUCCUUCGACCUCGACAUCGACCACUUUGCCCAUUUAUCAACGAACCACAACGACGACCAGUAAUCGAUUGCUGAUCCCCCAGACGAGCAAUCUGGCCCAGCGACCCACAGUGGCUCCUGCCCGGAGUGAACCCACCACCGACUCGCUUUUCUCCCACUACAAGCAGCCACCGAAACCGCUCCUGGGACCCAUGUACCUCAUCAUCGAGGGUCACUCCAAGGUCAAGACCUAUGGCCAGAACGAAUUGGAUCCGCACAGUCCGAAAAUAGUGCCGGUUAUCUCGAAGAGGGAACCGGUUGUCAGGAUAGCAGAUCCCAACGAGAAGAGAGGAACCGUCGAGUCCUAUCAGGUGAAACAUUUGCACACGAAAACCACUCCGAUGACAACGACAACUACGACAACCACAACGACCAUGAAACCUUCAACCACAAAGGUUCCGAAUAAAUCUCCGGUUUAUAGCACUACUAAAGCUCCAGUUAGCAGUACCACCAAGCCUACAGCAACCACCACGGUGAAAACCACAAAGGCAACCACAACGAAGACAUCCAUUAGCAGUGCUACUCCCUUGAUCCCAGUAGAAUUGAAGCCAGAACCUUCAAGUGGGGUUAACGAUCUGCUGAGCUUAUUGGACAACAUGUUUGCCGAUGCUCAUGAAAUAGCCUCAUCCACUGGGUCACCUCCACUGGUCACUUCCACCGCGAGCACCGUGCUGAAGCCAGUUAGUACCAAGUUGCUGCCCCAACAACCGGAACCGAGGAUUUCCAGUAAGGCGGGGAGCAUAGAGAGCCUCCUCGCAGAUGACACCCAUAAAGAUGAUGAAGCUGACGAGGAUGCAGGGUCACCGAUUUCCACUGAGACACCGCCACGGGCAACGCGUCAAGUCUUUGACUAUGAUCAAUUGCCAGAGUCACGGAUUAAAGACGGGGUCACCACCAGCGAUAUUAUAGAAUACGCUGAUGAUGAAGAGGAGGCGCUGGAGGAAGGUGACGAAACCACCGCUGAUGGUGAACUGGAGGACGAGGAGGAUGAGGAGGCUGAUCAGUCACACAAUUUGCUCAAGCGAAUCGAUCAAUUCGUGGAUGAUGUGGACGAUGGAGAUGACGACCUGGAGGAUCUAAUCGAGGGUCUGGACGAAGACGACGGUGAGAUCGAGGAAAGGCGGCAGCAGCAGCAUUAGCCCAAGAUAAGCAUUUUUCUUAAACUGCGCUCUAUACCAAAUCUAUCAGAAACUUUUUCUCACGCCUAAUACGUUCUUGUACAUAAGUCAGCUUUAAUUGAAUCUGUAUUUAUUUGUUGUUAGUUGGUAGGCCCUGCUGGCGUCACAAUGUGACUGCGUUCUAUACCCAAUAUAAUUCGAGCAAAGAGUUUUCGUUGUGUAAUUAAGCAUUAAAUUAUUGAAAUUUUCUUACGUUUUUUAGUUGUUAAGUGUGCAAUAAUUGAUAAAUAAAUGCAAAAGUCUAAAGAAAA